AUGGACGCCGAGCGAUGGAAGGCCGAACAGGCGGCUGCAAUAGAGAAGGCGGAAGCCGAAGGGGUGUGGCAGGAGAAUGCCGCGGAAGCUGCUGUUUGGACAAAAGAUUUGAAGAAACCUAAGUCUGAUCUUGUAGUGCAAGAGCUCAACAAUCAAGAGCCGAUUUCCGUCACACAGCAGUUCGUCGGGAAUACUCAGUUCCACGAACAGGUUAUCAGUUCAUUCCGAAAGGAGGCGGGUUUACCUUCCAAGGAAGAUAUUAAUGCACCACUCUUGCUAGGACAGGGCAUCUUGAGCACCAGGAAGCUCUCUUGGAAGGUUAUUCGGAACGCAAUCAUCAAUGGCAUCUUUUCCUUAGCACUUGUCUACGCCAUCAGCGCAUACUUCACCGUUAAACCCGCCCAUCCCUUCCAAGCUUUCAACACUCUCUCCUCAUCAUCGCUUGAAACCUGCUCUUGGAAAACCCUUCAAUCCCACGUCUCACUCUUAGAUGUCCCUGCAAUCUCCCGCAAAGAAUUCCUCUCCCGGCAAGCAAAGUUAGCAGCUGCGCUAGAUGCAGCAGGCGUUGAUGCCUUUAUUGCCGAGCCAUCCGCAUCAACCAGCUACUACGCCAACGUCUCAUCUUCAUUCGAGCUUUCCGAACGCCCGUUCCUCGUGCUCAUCUCCAAGGAUGGCGAAUUCUCUUAUCUGGCGCCCAAAUUCGAGCUCGGGCGUAUCGCGGGACUGGAAAUGGUGUAUGAGAGCAAAAAUGUCUACGAGUGGAAGGAAGAAGAGGUUCCGUAUGAGGUGUUGAAGAGGGAGACGGGGUUUAAGAAAGUAAUGCUGGAUGAGCAUGUGAGAUACAUGAUCGCGGCGGGGUUGGAGGAGGCGGGCGUAGAAGUUGUGGGUAUGAGCAAGGAGGUUCAGCAACUGAGAGCUGUAAAGACAGAGGGCGAGUUAGCGAUCUUAAGAGGCAUCAAUGAGUUUACCCUCGAGUUGGUCCGCUCGCUGCAGAAAUGUAUCAAGAUUGGGGUGACGCAAGAGGCGGUUUUUGAUGCUGCGGAGGCUCUGUUUUCGAGAGCUGGUGUUGGGGAGGGGUACUGGGCGAUUGUGCUUUUUGGGGAACAAGCUGCAAAUCCCCAUGGAGGGUCCUUGGGAAAGACGCUUGGCGUUGGCGAAUUUGUCCUGAUCGAUAUCGGAUCCAAACUCUAUGACUACGGAAGCGAUGUUACGCGCACAGUCUUGCCGGCAGACGGCACUGUUUCGAAAUAUCUUUGGGAAGUGUGGCAAGUUGUCCAUGCAUCGCAGUCAGCGGCCAUUUCACUCAUGAAAGUGAACGAGACGUGCUCGGAUGUCGAUGCAGCAUCAAGAGCCGUGAUAACCAAUGCUGGGUCCGGGGAGUUCUUCACGCAUCGACUUGGACAUGGUCUGGGAUUAGAAAUGCACGAGCAUCCGUAUUUGAACGGGGCCAAUGCAGAGAAGCUAAAGGCUGGAGAGGUGGUUACAAAUGAGCCGGGGAUAUAUGUUACCACCGAGCAAGCCAAAAAUUUGGGCAGAGAUGUCGGCUAUGGUGUCAGGCUCGAAGAUCCCAUUCUCGUUACUGAGGAUGGUGGUGUUCCCCUGACUGGUUCAAGAGCCAAGUCUCCUUAUGAGCCAUAG